UUACUUGAUUCCAGGUUCUUUAUUACAAGCUCUGUUCUUGAUUUGACAAUAGUGGGACUUGAUACUGUGGAUGGAGACUCGAUGCCAGUGCAGCAACAUCACUACUUGAAAACAUGUUCAAAACCAAAUUUAGAGCUAGGAAGUGCAGUUUAUCUUUUGGGAUAUGCAGCAAAGCAGGAGCUGACAGUCGGUGAAGGAAAGUUAGUAAUAGCCUCUGAUAAUCUGAUAAAGUUGUCUACUGAUGGAGUAACGUGGAGCCCAGGUUCUGCUGGUUUUGAUGUUCAUGGAAAUCUUGCAUUUAUGGUUUGUGAUCCUAUGAAACUUGCGACAUUGCCAAACACCAAAUCCUCAACUUCAUCGUCGUCGACAUCAUCAUGGAAGAAGGAUUCUCCUAUGCAAUUUGGUAUUCCUAUCCCCAUCAUCUGUGAUUGGUUAAAACAGCAUUGGGAGGGGAAUCUCGAUGAACUCAACAAACCCAAGUUACCAUUAAUUCGCUUGAUGUCUUCUGGUCAGAAAAGUGAGCAUUCUUGUGCAUCCUUCACAAUGCGGCGCAUUUUUAAGCCCACAGAAGGUGAGAAUGAGGGAACUCCAUCAUCAUCAAAUGUUAUGUCCAAACAUGGAGAGCAGCCUGGACCAAGCUAUACUGCUGUUACGAAUACUUUGGAGGAUGAGAUUUUGACUGCUGUUCCACGUGCAGGGACUCAUGUACAGGAGGUUCCUACUCCAGAAAUCUACGAGUCCCCAAUGUUGACUUCUUUCCCAGUUGGGAAGAGGGAAAGUAACCAAAUUCAGCUUUUAGAUAUCAAUUUUCCACCAAGAAUUGCUAAAGCUACAGUUUCAGCACCUCCAGUGAGAAAAAUGCCCUCCAAGUAUGAUGAAAAUUUUGUUGAGGAGACCUCGCUGCCGCAGCCACUGGAAGAAGAACAACAUGGUGACAGAGGCCUAUCUGACGUCAUGCUAGAUGCUGAGUCAACAGGAUCUGUUAAUGGGGCCCAGAGUAAUGUCCAAUUAUGUUCAUCCCCCGUCGAGUUCUCAGAGUUCCAGCAUGAAUACAGUAGUGAAGGAGAAACUACCAUGUAUUCCGCCGAAACUGCUGAAAGUAGGCUUCAAGAUUUUAAGAAGUUAGCUGGUGGUGAAGUGGUGCUGAGGAAUAAUAUUGCCUGCAGAGUUGAAAGACUAGGUAAUGUGACCCUAAAAUUUGAAAAUGGAUACAUGUAUACCCUAGAGAGAGUGAGGAUUAGGGAUGGAUUGAUGAAUGUGAUCAAUGGAUCUCUUGUCAUCUUUAAGGGUGUCAAGAAAAAUGGAAUCUAUGUAGCUAGAGCUGAAAUAAUACUUGAAAAUAAUACAACUAUCUCUAAUAUUGAAUCUGAUUCCACCUUAAAAUGGUAUAAGAGGCUUCCACAUGUUGGUGAAAAAGGCCUCACAAUCCUACAUAAAAAGGGGGUAUUUGAAAAGUGUGGGGUGUUUCUACUAAAGCACAAAUCUGAAACCUUUGAAAAGUUUAAAAGCUGGAAAGUCCUUAUUGAAAAUCAAAUGUCUACAAAGAUUAAAAUUUUGAGAACUGAUAAUGGACUUGAAUUUUACAACUCAGAAUUUGAUAAACUUUGUGAAUCAAAUGGAAUCCUAAGACACAAAAUGGGGUGGCUGAGAGAAUGA